UCAAAAUGGCUGUUCUUGUUGUCGUAUUUGUUUAGUUUUAGAUUAUUUUUUUAUUUAAUUUAAACGUAUAUGGAUUAGGCCCCAAAACGUUUCUAGUGUUAUCAAAAUACUGGUAAUUUUACUCAGUAUUACUACACAAAAUUAGGCAAAAUGUUGAACACAAGUUUCUUGUACGAAAAAAGACCUUUGAAAAAGCCUCGAAUAGGGCCUCCUGACGUGUAUCCCCAGGAGCCUAAACAGAAAGAGGAUGAACUUACAAGUGUAAAUGUAAAACAUGGUUUCCCAACCAUGACCCACCUAAGCGAUGAAUUUGGAACUGCCAGAAAUUGUAAUGUUCCAGCUAACAAGGUCGGCGCUUAUUUCAACGCAAUUAUCGCUCGCAAAGAGGAAAUGUCCAUGUUACCCGACUCGGGCAGGAAAAGACAACAAAUAAACCCGAAAGACAACUUCUGGCCUGUCACAAAUAGAACCAAAGCCCCUCUGGAAGCUUGGUUUAAAGAUCUAGCUGGAAACAAACCGCUAAUGAACCUCUCGAAGAGGGCACCAAAUUUCAACAAGAAGGAGGAAAUAUUUGUAAUGUUAACUGAAUAUCAAGUUCCUAUGUUACGAGCUGCUUGGUUUAUUAAACUCAGCUCUGCUUACACUGUUGCUGUGUCCGAGGCCAAAAUAAAGAAAAGACAAAUGCCUGAUCCUACUACAGAAUGGACUGGUACAACACUAAAGUUCCUAAAAGAUCAGAUACCGAAAUUACAGGAGUACUACUGUCAGAGCGAUAAGCCUCUAAAUUCCACCCUUAACGUUGCACAUACAAACGAAACAGAACAAAAACUCGCUCUACGUCAUUGGAAUUACUGCAUAAGAUUAUUGAAAUACAUGUACGAAGAAGGUUUAAUGGACAAACAGGAGGUGUUAACUUGGAUAAUAGAACUUUUGGAAAAGCAAAAAUCUCAGCAUCCCGGCGAGGAUGGUAUCUUGAGAUUAUUCCUGCCUCUUACUCUGCAGUAUUUAGACGAAUUUGUCCAAUCGGAGCUGCUGUCUCGCCGAUUGUCGCAUUUUUGCACGAAAAAGCUGGGAAGUAUGCUUAGUACUGUUGCUGAUACUAACAUAAUGACAUCACCUCCGAGCGACAGUAAAACCGAACAAAAAGACAAUGAUAAAGACAAAAAGGAAACCACACCUUCGAAUCCUUACCAGAGUACUAUAAUGGAAUAUCAAAAUUGUCUCCACCAUCGGGACAUAAUUAUACAAAUAAGUACUGUGGUACAAACGAUUGUAUUAGAAUGCCCCACGGCUUUGGUUUGGUGCGGUACUGGUGUAGGAACAAUGUGGCACGGUUCUCCUUUAGAUAUCUUACCGAUAUUACCCUCAUCGUUACCGGUACCCUCAAGAUGCGACAUGAAUACAUACAGAAAACAGCUAAUAUACUCUGAAAAUAGCAUAAGAGAACGAAGCAAAAAAGCCGAAGGAAGAUGGUGUACUGACAAGUGGCAGGCUUCACCAGCUGGUACUGUUACUACAAGAGUCUUGGCCGCCUUAGACGCUUUAGAUCGGCACCGAUUCGACAAAAUGGACUCCUCGAAUUCGCUGGACACUCUCUACGCCAAAAUAUUCAACAACAGCGAUCAAGAGAACGAAGUGGUGAAGCUUCUUUGCGAAUGGGCCGUCUCUCCCGAGAGAACCGGCGAACACAGAGCCCUAGCGGUCGCCGCCCUCUUAGAUCGAAGACAAUCGGACACGAACACAACGGGCGAUCAAGAGGCGACUCCGGGCGACGAUAAAGAUUCGAACAGCAGCGCUCCCGGCGGUCCUCCCAUGUUCCAGUCGCUUCUGAUGAAGUUCCUCGACAACGAUGCGCCGCUUCCUUCGCCCGACGAUUGCGCUAUGAAAAAAACGGCGUUUUCGAAUUUGGUGCACUUAUUUUCCGAGUUGAUUCGACGCGAUGUGUUUUCCCACGACGCCUACAUGUGCACGCUUAUAUCCAGAGGUGAUCUCUUGGGACCCGAAGAAAAUACCGACAACGUGUUAAAUCACCAUCACACAAAAAUGGAGCCGAUGGAUUGCGACGAUAACAUCGACCACGACAUAGACAAAAUCCUCCAAAACAUCAAGGAAGACCAGCAGAAUUCGAUGGACUUUCCCGACAGCCCGAAGGAACACGAUCACGGGCAUCAUUCGCACGUUCCUUCCACCAUCGGGCACGUUCCGAUGGAAACCGAUCACAACGAUCACAAGGUCAAACCUUCGAGGCACUUGUUGUAUACUACUCACUUUCCUCUGAGCCAAGACGAUCCGUUUUCGCAGCACGAUUGCAACCAGCGGCACGUGCUCUUGUACGGAGUGGGAAAAAUCAGAGACGAGGCUCGGCAUACCGUUAAGAAAAUGUCGAAGGAAAUUUGCAAGCUAUUUUCGAAGAAAUUCAGCAUCGACGUGGCCGAAGGCGGCAAAGUGAAGAAGCAACGGAACGAAUUCAAUUUCGAGGCGACCACGCAAAAGUGCCAAAGUUUAUCGUACUUCGAUCAACACCUGGUAACUUGGCAAUGCAGCGUUACCGUCAUCGAAAUGUUGAAUUCGUUCGCUACGGGAAAUUCGAAUUAUUUACCAGUACAGGAACAUAUAGCGUUUCUAUUCGACCUAAUGGAAUUGGCUCUAAACAUAUACGGAUUGAUCGAUGUUUGCAUACAAAUCCUAAAAGAACUACCCGAAGUCGAAACGCAAGUAUGCAACAAAAACUUAGCGUUAAGCAGAAACUACACGACUUCGUUGAGUUUAUACGUAGUCGGUGUACUAAGAAGAUACCAUUGUUGUCUAUUACUAUCGCCUGAGCAAACGUCGGCGGUGUUCGAAGGGCUGUGCAAGGUGGUCAAGCACGUUUCGAAUCCGGGCGAUUGCAGCUCGGCCGAGCGCUGCAUCCUGGCCCAUCUCUACGACCUCUACUCGUCCUGUAGCCUGUUGAAAUCCAAGCCGCACGCCGUCGAACCGUUCGGCAACGCCUAUCCCAAGAUCAAACAGGCCCUCUACACGUCGCCGCAACCGACGCCCAGCAACAUAUACAUCUACAAUUCGCAGUACAUGCAGGAGUUGUUCGUUAAUCCGCGACGGGCCGGCAGGAUCGACAGCGUACUGGCCAAGCAGUUGAACGAAAACGGUAGUAACAGAUACUCGUUCGUGAGUAACGCUAUAAUACACGUUUGUCGCGAGAUGGACAACGAGAAAUUGAACGAUUUGGCGAUUUUGUGCGCCGAAAUGACGGCUUGUUGUAACUCAUUGGCGUCCGAAUGGCUGGGGGUUUUGUUGUCGCUGUGCUGCCCUCUAUCGCAUCCCGGUUACUACGUGGAAGUUUUAAACGAGCUCGAUAUACAGGACGUGAGCAUCCACAACGCCCUGGCGGUUUUCACGUGCAUUUUAAUCGCCAGGCAUUGCUUCUCGCUGGAGGAUUUCGUGCGGCGAGUGGCGCUGCCGAGCCUGCUAAAAGUAAGUGCUUUCAAAGUGAAAUCUCUGGAUAACGGCGAAGUUCGGGCCGAGGGCGGGAUGAGAUUGACGUGCCAUUUGUUGUUGAGGCUCUUCAGGACGGCGGAGGGGCCGCAGCCGGGUUUGUAUUCGGUUGGGUCGCCGCCGUUGACCGCUCCCAGGCCGCCGCUCGGCGUCAGGCUCAGCUGCGACAGGCAUUUAUUGGCCGCCGCUCAUAGGAACAUUCACGUGGGGCCGGUACUGGCCGUACUGAAGGCGGUGCUUGUAGUGGGAGAUGCCACUGCUAAAGAGGGAACGGAAUUGAGUUUGAGUAAUAUUUUAGGUACUAGUGAUUUGCACAGCGGCGGGGACGGUCCCAAUUUGGAUUUACCGAUGAACGUGGAUGUUUGCGGUUCGAGGACGACACAUAGGCAAUCGAGUACCGGCAACGCGGAGAGUACGGCCUCUCUAUCGGCCUUCGCCUGCCACGUCCUGCGAGAAAUAUGCUCCCAACAAUGGGUACUAGAACGCUGCCUUUCGUCCGAGGAACUCUGCCACGUCGACAACCUCCUCGAUCCUCUCCUAUCGCACUCCCAAGCCCAGCGGCUGUUGCACAUGAUCUGCUACCCGGACGCCGGCUCCGGCAUCGAUUCCUUGGACCAAAAGGCCAUGAUCGCGCGCAUCCUCGAGAACCUCGAGCAAUGGACGUUGCGCAUGUCGAUCCUCGACCUCCAGCUGAUGUUCGAGCAGUUCUCGCCCAACUCGCCGGAGCUGUCGCAAUGGCUCGACACCGUCGCCAAAGCCGCCAUCGACGUGUUCCAGUUGAACGCGCCCCACGACGCCCCGGCGCUCGACGACAAGAAGCAACAGACGUCGAUUUGGCUGGUGGCGCCGCUCAUAUCGAAGCUGCCGUCGGCGAUCCAGGGGCGCGUGCUCAAAGUCGCCGGCCAGGUGCUCGAGAACGGCGGCUGGUGCAAGGAGCCGAGAGCGAGGUCGAAGAGCUGCGGCGGCGAGGCGCAAAGCUUGGCCACCCACCAGCCCUUCUUGCAGCUGGUGUUGACGUGCCUCAAGGGCCAGGAGGAGGGGCUGCGUGAAGGUCUGCUCGGUUCGUUGCACCAGCAACUGUCGCAGCUCGUGCAGCAGGCGAAAGAGGGAAAUUUGCAAGACGUCAGCGGGAGCGAUCGAUUGGACGGGUUGCAAUUGCGAUUCGCUUUGGUCGGGGGCGUUUUCGAGGCGUUCCAGAGAAACCCGUCGGCCACCACCGAUUGGGCGUUGCUUUUGGUGCAACUCGUCACGCACGGGUUGAUCGAUUUGCACACGCACAGCGAUUUGUUUACCGUCGUGGUGGACAUGCUGGCGACGCUGGUGCAUUCCGCUAAGGUGACCGACAGCCAGGACGACAGGAAAAUGUACCCGAAUUUGUUGAAGAAAUUGAAGAAGGAAAUCGGCGAUAAGCAGAACGCUUCGCUGCAACACAUCCGACAGUUAUUACCGUUGCCCCGGGUGCAGACCGAAGUCAUAGCGGUGGAAGCGGCGGGUUCGAGCAAAGGGAACAAGAUGAAUUUCGAUAACGCCGAUAAGAAGCACGAUCUGCAGGUGACCGAUAAACAGCGCGUGAGCAACUGGGAUAUACUCGAAGGCAUGAAGAACCCGGCGCCUCUGUCGUGGGCUUGGUUCGGAGCCGUGAGGUUGGAACGAAAGGCUUUAGCCUGCGAGGAAACCUUCAGGUUGCUGAAAUUCCAUACGCACAAUCUGCAGAAACCCGCUUCGCAUUAUUUGGAUCCACCGCCUCUACCUCCAGAAGAUUUGGAACCCAUUCCCGAUAAACCCGCCGAUACGCCUUCUUCAGUGGACCAAUCGCCUGCCGGUGCUAUCGGUAAAGGUCGCGGAAAGGGUCGUAAACCUAGGAAACCUAAACCUGUUCCUGGGCCGAUGCACGUGAAUCCCAUGGCGAUGGGGCAAUCGCCUAUGGGACAAGGUCAACCUGGAAUGCCGAUGCAAGUUCAAGGUAAUAACCCGCAAAUGGGGCACAAUAUGGGCGCUUACGCGCAAGGUCCGGGACUGCAACCGCAGGGCCAGCAGUACGUGGGAAACGCCGGGCAGCAGAAUUGGUACGGGCAAAAUCCGCAACCUGGAUACGGGUAUCCUCCUAUGCAAGUUAAUAGAUUUGAAAGGCCGCCACCGCAAAACAACCAAUCGAAACAAGCUCUCUCUAACAUGCUUCGAUCGAGGCAUCCGAUCAACUCUUACAUACCGGGUAUGCAAAAUAAUCCGGCGGCGCCCCAACAAAUGGCUAAUUAUCCGCAGAUGCAGAGGGGAUUCCCCAGGCAACCGAUGCGCCAACCUAUCCCGAACACCAUGCAACCUAAUCAAGGCAUGUUCCCGCAGCAGUACAGCAACAUGCAAGCCGGCAUGGGACAACAAUACGGCAACUACGCCGGCAAUCCUCAAACUAUGAUGCAAGGAAACCUGCAAAGCAACCAGCAGAUGAUGCAAGGCGCCCAGGGCAACAUGUUCGCCGGCCAACAGCAGGGUUUCGGGCAGCCGCGGCCCGCCCAGCCGGACUACCGGCAAAUGGGCCAGAACCCUCGCGCCGCCUACAUGCAGCAAACGCCCAACGUGACGAUGAACGCGAACAUGAACACGAUGGGCGGCAUGGGCGGGCAAGCGGGCCCGGCGCCGCCCUAUUCCCGCACGGCCGCCCAGGGCAUGCAGCCCAACGUGCAAAAUCAAACGCAAUUCCAGCAGCAACAGCAACGGAUGCGACUGAUGGCGAUGCAACAACAACAGCAGCAGCAGCAGCAACAACAGCAACAGGGCGGGCCGCAGGGCAACCAACAUUCGCCCGCCAUGGUGGCGCACUUGCAGAGACAACAACAGUUGAACCAGAAUCCUUAUCAUCAACCCCCUCCAUACAGUAUGCAGUAAUUUUAAUUAAGCGUAA